AACAUACCUGCCUACUGACAGCCGCGCUAAACAGCUGAAAAAGUUAAACAAUUCACUUUAGGAGAAAAUUUUACCUGCCUUUUAACUGAAUUUUUGUUUGUUGUGCCAAUCAUUACUCCUGAAGUUGUCCGCUACGGUUGCGCGCAUCGAUUUUCCGGACAGCAAAACUUUGAGAUUAAUUAUAUACAGAAAUGAGUUUGCCUCCUGCAUUGUUGCAACGUUUGGCUCAGCGUGGUCUUGUGCAAAAGUCCAAAGCUAAGGAAACAGAUCCGCCUCAGUCUGCGUCAGUUGAAAAUGAAGAAGUUAUCGCUGAAGAUUACGAUGAAAUGGAAACAGAUGAUCAAAGAGCUAGUGCCCAUGAGGAAUAUCAAUAUCCACCCCUUUACGACACCGACACGGGAAGCAAACGUGUAGAAGAGAAUUUCUGGCUCGAACGCAUGAAGGAGCGUAUGGGGGAGGCCAACUCCACUACCGGUCAUCGUGGUUGUCCGAAUAAGUACAAUAUUUGGCACAAAUGUACGCUCUUUUGUGUUAAUCGCUGGGGUGAUGGCAAAUCCGAGCCAAGUCAUGAAUAUAUGCUACGCUACAAACGUUUGCGUCGCAAGUACCCGUUACCCAAAGGUUGGGCCGAUCGUUAUGAUCCCGGCUGUGGCUGCUAUUACUUCUACAGUAUCUCCGAGAACUUAGUUUCAUGGCUACCACCCACGCAUCCCAAGUCCCAAGUCACUAAGAGUGCUGCCGUCUUUCGUAGACAGCUUGAGGAAGCAGCUGGCGGUGAGGGUGGUGGCGGUAGUGAUGGUGAACAACAACCAGACGAUAGCGAUGGUGCAGAAGAAACCGAACUGGCGCGACAUCAACGCGAAAUAGAUGAAAUAAUAAGUUCAUCGAUGCGUCCACGUUCACCGACAGUACCAAAACAAGAUUUCCCCAGUCUACAGGAAAACACGUCGGCAGUAAGUUCGGCAACGCCACCACUGCGCAAACCGAAGUCCCGUGAUUUAGACCGCACGCUAGCCAAACAACGACGAGACCGUGAUAAGGAGCGUGAGCAUGGCAGUAGCCGCAGACAUCGUGGUCGAGGCGACGCAGAACCAGCAGAUCCUAUGGAUCCCAGCUCCUAUUCUGAUAUACCGCGGGGCAAGUGGUCCGAUGGACUAUCUGCUGGCGGCAAUGAGGAGCAAAGGAAGUCCAAAAAGGCUAGCAGCACAACUACCAAAGAGACGGGAAGAGAACGCGAAAAGCAUGUAGAUAGUCGACGUGAUAGUGAAGACUAAGCGUUAAUAUAAUUGUAAUAUAUUUUAUACUAGAAAUAAAAGUAAUACAAAAUAGUGUAUGUAUGUACGCAUUCUGUAUACCAUAAACUA